AUGAGUUUCCAACUGGUUCGUGCCUCACUUUCGGCCGUCCUGUACCCUUCUUUCCUCAUCUUCCAUACGUUGGGAUCAACUUUCGCUGCCCCUACACCUAUAACUAGGCGCACUCUCCUACCACAGUUUUGUUCCGCCACUCACUUCCUAAGGGGAUAUGGUCAAGCAGGUAAACCGGAGGACUUGAAGGAACAGGAACAUGGGUAUAAGAAACAGCUAGUCGAGUUGGUUUCGAUGUUAGAAGAAGGAAUUCAAAAGGUGGUAACUGUGGGUCAUGACUAUGGGUCUCCCCUCGCGGCGAGGUUCUGUGGCUACCACCCAGACGGAGCGCUUGGACUAGUCCUUGCCUCGUUCCCUUACAUGCCGCCCGAAGACAAACCCGUCGAUCCAGACGCUUUAAUCAAGGUCUUCAGGCCUAUACUUGGGUAA